CGUCAGUCCGCUGGAUCUGUUUUGCGUGUUGUUGAGUUCUCGUUCUUUUCACGCGAGAACAAACAAAACACUGUUACAGCUUCAAUUUAACCAUCUCAGCUGUGAUAUUGUCAGGCUUUACUCAAGGGUAAGUUUUGCAUUUGUUUUUGUGAGCAUUUUAUUUCAUGGGGUACUGAAAACAAGUUGUCUUGUUCGGAAUAUAAACGCUGCAGUCAAACGGAGCGUCUGUAUAUUGACAGCGAAAAUCAGCGUUUACGGUACUGUUGGUGCCAUUUCUGCCAGCCUGCUUUUUUGUAAAACUUGCGUUCUUUUGGGUUUAACUCUUUUCAAAGUAAGUUCGGCUGCUCUGUUCUCGAUAUCAAAGUGCCUAAACAUCAAUUUUGGUUGCUUGCUUGCGAAAUGUAGCCCUAGUUGUUUCAUAUUCCAAACGCUCGCUAUCCAGUGGUCUGGUUCGUUUUUAUCUGUUCAUGAUGUAGCGUUCGAAAACAUGGCUUCAUCAUACUUAGCUUGUUAAAUACAUAUUUUCAUUCUUUUCAGACUGAUUUGAACUAUGGGUGAAGGCGACGGCUAUGGUUGUAAAAUCUAUUUUCUCAUUUCACUCGAGGGAAUCCUGUUCUUGCUGCAGCUCGUAAGUGAAAGUCGAACAUGGUUUCUUUCGUGUUGUUUCAUUGGGUACUUUCGAUUGUUUAGAGGAUUUCUUUGGGUUCGAUAGUUGCGCGACGUUCAGUAACCUUUUGUAAGUUAGGCAUUUUUUUUAUGUCUGUGAUGUUAUUUUAAAUAUUCAGGUAAUUUGUAAAUCAUUUGUUUUAUUACCGCACCCUCUAACCUACAGGCAGCCUUUUGUACAUGGCCAGUGAGCUGAAAAAUUUUCCAGUUUCUUAGUAAAGAGCAUAAAUGUUGGACCUGAUCUAUAGAGAAACUUAAUAUCAAAAUGAUAGCAAAACACAGAAUUAUGUUUUACUGCCCGAUUUUUAACGGCCUUAAAUCAGAUAUCUGGAAGAGAAAAUCACAUAUUUUGGCUACUUACAGCAAUUAUCAUUUUAAUGCACUGAUUGAUAUUCAUACGAAGCCAUUUCAACCCUGUUGGUGUGAAAAUUGAGUUUUUCACAAUUUGGCAGUGCUGUAUGUAGUUGGUGUAUGUACAGCUCUUUGCCCAUCAACAUAUUAACCACUGACAUGGAUAGAGGAGAGUAGUAACCCAAUUGGUUCACUAUAUGACUGUUUUAUUAUAACUACAUUAUUAUGAUUAUUACUGUUAGAAAAAUGUAAACUUAAAGUCACAACAAUCAAGGUAUCCUAACUGGUUGCUAAUUAGAAACAUUUCCCUAAAGCACUUGUGUUCCAUUACUUGAUGCUCUUGAUUUUAAAACCAAAACCUAUUAUUAUUGAUAUUUCAAAGAGGAGUACCUUAUACUAAAAAUAACAUUCCUCAAGUUGAUUGUUAGUUAACUGACGAGGUGCAAUAUUUUAUAAUUGUGCCUGCCAAGUCAUUAAAUCUCUUUUAGUGUCUUUGAGAUAUGAGUGACUCAUAUGAAAAUUGUUACUGCCUCAAAAAGAAAUCAAAUUCAUUAAUAUGUAAAAAUGAGACUAAAGAAAGAGAUGUACGCACAAUAAUAAUUAUAAUUGUGAUACAGGGUUAUAUGUACCUUAGUAUUUUUGAAGUGUAAAGGCUUUCAUCUUCAGCAUUGAAGCAGAAAAAAUAUAGGUUCAUCUGCAUGCAGUAACUUAAUGUACACAUAUAUAUGCUGACAAAGUUACACAGCAACAUUUUCUAUAAACACAUUAUAAGGUUGUUUGGGUUAACAAAACAGCAACUGGAAGCUGGUUUUCAAACAACAGGUGGAAUGAUUUUGUUUUGUUACAAUACUUGUAUUAUUUUUGUGACCCAUUUUUUAAAGUAAGUGAAGACAUGCUUAUGACUCCCUUGCUAAAUUGCAACUAUACCUGUACCAAUAAUGUAUAUUUAAAGAUAUUUGUGUUGUUGUUUUCCCUUGGGUCAGUUUUUUUUUUUGCUUUCCUUGAGUUGGAUUUUGAUCACAAUCUUUUACUUUACUAAAAAUGUUGAUAUGCAAAACCAAGAAAAAAGUGAAGUGAGAUUUGAUCCAGCAGUAAAGUUUUACUAAAAUUGUAUCUAAGUUGCACAACAACCUUUCUAGGUUCUCAAAUAACAAUAGAAACAAUUUUCAAAAAAGUCUGGACUUGAUGAGUUUUAUAAUAAUAAUUAUUGUAAUUUAUUAAAAUAAAUUAUUUACUUUUUAGGUUCUUGGAGUCAUUGCUUUUGCAUUGGUUUUGAGUCAUGAGGAUUCUAGUUUGUUUUCACAUUAUGGCUUCUUUAUUCUGGUCAGUGCCCUGUGCUGGAUUGGUGCCUUGUUAAUUAUAUUCUUCCACGUGAUUGGCUGUUGUAAAGUCAAAAUACUGGGUAUCUGGCAGAGAGAAUAUUCACUGGUAAGAGACAUCUGCAGUUUCAAUGAGUUAUGUUUACCCUUACUCUUUCUAUUCUGUACCAAUACUUCCAAGUUCAGCUACAUACAUGUACAAAUCGUAUACCAGGAAAUUUGUGAAAUCAUAUAUCAUUUUAAAAUUAUAUGCAAUUAAAAUCAUACCAGUAGAAUUAAUAUUUACCCAAAUAAUGUCACUUUCAAAACUUAAGAAACUUGCAGUUCCUUCAAGGCUUAGGGGAAUAAAAACAAGGAAAAUCACAUUGAGGUUCAGGAAUGAAUAAUUUAUUGAUUUCUUUUGUUUUAAUUCCCUACAUGCAGUUACAUCUAGCUUUAAUAUUACUGUAUCUGACUUCUUAAUUUGGCAACCCAGUCAUACUGAGAGAGUUAAUUUAAAUUAUAAUUUUAGCAGGUGUACAUAGUAAAAGUAAAUGACAAGUGUUGGACUGCAUGUAAAUGGGAAUCUGUUAUGGCAGUUUCUAAAUACUUGUAAUAAAUAAAAUAAAUAAUGAUUUGGAGGUAGCACAUCCACGAAGUGGUUCUUCAUCUUCCUGAUUUCUGGUUGAAUUGGAAUUUGGAAAUGUUGGUUUUUGAGGAGAUGGGAAAACCUGAGUACGCAAAGAAAAACCUCUAGAAGCAAGGGAGAGAAUCAACAACAAGCCUGCACCCAACAAAACUCGUGUAUUUCAUUUGCAUGCUCCAAAUCAGUGUUUUCAUUUAUGCACACAUUAUGCAUUUAUGUACCACCCCAUAAAACACUGCCAAGAUGCACAAACACAGCACUUAAUGCAUCCUUGGGAUGAAAGAAAUUUACUAGUCUAUCUAGUAACUUCCCAGAGAGCAUGUUGAGGCUUUAUAGAAACUUAGGAUGCAUACAUAUAUGUCUCUAGUCAUAGUGCAAACUCGGUCAAAACCAAGAAUAAUUUUCCAUAAUAGCCAAUACUGUGCUCUAAGAAGAUUUUGUGUUUAGCUCAAAUCCACGCUCAGUGCACAUGCGGUCAUAAUGUCUGUGCAAAAACUAAAGAUUUCCUUGUCACUUGAGGGACAACAUAAUAAUAAUAAUGACUGUUUAUUAAGACUCAUUGCAGUAAUAUACAGAAUGGCUGAAUUACAGAGCUAUUUACCAAACAUAUAAUACUAAAAUAUAAUACAAUAAAUCCAAUAAAUACUAGAAAAUGUAAUUGUACAAGCCACUAGGUAUACUUAUGCGUGACAAACUCUUGCGUGUGCCUGGUCCUACAGGUAGCACACGUGGAGCCGCUAAUGCCAGAUCUAAGAUUAUAAUUAUGCACAACCUCCUCCUGUUUGGGGAGCAUAAAAUGCAAGGGGUGAUUCUCAUUCCGGAGUCUAUCAAUAUAAACCUGGCAUACAUGGGCUUACUUUUAAAUCAAGAGCAUUUAAUGCCUCGUAAUUCAUUAAAGGAAAAAUGAUGCGCAUUAAGCCCUUUUCUGAAUGCUCUUAAUCUUAUAAGAUAGAAAAUCUGGCAUAUUUUGCCAGACAGGGGCAGCAUAUUCUAGAACAGGACGAACAAUGGUUGUAUAAACCUUAGCCAGUGAAGCUGGAGGUGCACCACAUUGCUUACGGACCCUUAAAGAGUAAAGCCUCCUGUUUCCCUUUUGCACUAUAACUUCUACAUGAUGGUUCCAUUUCAGGUCAUUACUUACAUAAACGCCUACUAACUUAUAUGUCAUGACUCUCUCAAUUGUGUUACUACCAAUAAUACAAUAGGAUUCUCAAUAAAAUUAUGAUUACUCAUAAAAUUAAUUAGCAUCUCCUUGCUUUUAGUAGGGUUCAAUUUCAUUCUGUGAUCUUCAGAAAAAGCAUAGAUAUCGUUUGUAACAAAAUUGAGUAGACUGGCACUGUUCCUAGGGAUUAUUUCAAGGGCUGUGGUAUCACCAACAAACUUUAUUAUAAUGUUCCAUGAGCGCAAUAAAUUAUUUGUCAUGAUUGUAAACAAAAUGACUUCUAACUUGGUGCCUUGUGAUAUACCGCCCUUGGGAGUUUUCCACUCAGAUAUAAUGAUGGCAGCCCUGAUGCGAUUACCUAAACAGGCUGCUGAGGCUGAGAAAUUAGUUUCAGUGUAUCGUCUACUACUACAGGCUAAUGGAAAGAUAUUUUUGUCUUUUAGUGGAUAUUUCUGUUGAGUUAUUCCCUGUCAUACUUCUUCUUCUUCCUGUUCUCAUCGGCCCUGCUGUCUCAAUGGACUCAAGGUUCAGCCCAGUUUAUUAUUGCUGCGGUAAGUUCAGUUGACUUUAUGUUUUAUGAAUUUGUGACAUGUCGAACACACAUGUAUUUUAUCAUAAGAAAGUCUGUAUUUAACCACAGACAUUAAUAAUUCAAUGUCAAAAAGAUUGAUUGCAGAUGGAUCUACAAUAUUCAAAGUACUGUAAUAUAAUAUAAUAUAAUAUUCAAAGUACUGUUUGAGUAUAACUUUUUACCAAGACUUUUCUGGCACAUAUUGUAGGGGCACACCUUUUAAUUUCGCAUUCUUGUACCCGUAAUGUUGCACCUGAAAAUGAAUGACGUGUCUAAAAACACUGCGUUGCGUUCCAUUAUUUUAUUUAGUUGAGUUGUUUGAAUGUAAAUGUGUGUGCUAUUAUCACUUCCUUUCCACCUAUAUAAAGUGAAUUAACUGUGUUUUUCUUUUCUUUUUAGAUCUGUGGCUUUAUUUUGGCCAUUGUAUUUUUCAUCCUUUGCUUUAUAUACUACCGCCGUGUCAGGAAAAUCAGACUGACAGAGGUUGCCUGGGAAGGUGACAAAACGAGAACCUAAGACUCAACAUGUUGGGUACAGUCAUGUAGAGGAGAUGGGAGUUGAUCAACCCAUUGCACUUGGGGUUCGAGCCUUUUUUAAACACGUGUAGAAUCCAUGCUGUACAAAUGCUUAUUUUGUAAAAAAGUACUUGGAAUUUUGUUUAUAUGGUAGUUUUUACAGUACUGUUUAGUGGCAGUAUGCUGAGGACAUAAUUUUUGUGAAAGUAUUGCAUUUAUUUACAUUGUAGUGUCUUUGUAAUAGGUAAAAACUAUAUUUAUUUAAGUAACUAUAGUUCUCAUACAACUUUUAACCAACAGCUCUGUGACUUACUACCCCUACAUGCUAGCCCCAGCCCCCUGGCUAGCUUUGACAGUUUUUUGUGAAUAGAGAUAUGCUGCAAUGCACCCUUCCAGGAGAGCCUUUCCUAAGUUUUGUUUCUAAAAUUAAAUCAUACAGUGUUUCCAUUCAAAUGCAUUCUCUUCUGCAAUAUUUUCGGCUUGUUCUCUUUCAGUUUCUUUUCAGCAUUUUACACAUUUUUUUCUUAACUGAAAUUUGGAAUUUCUUUUUGUUAGUUUUGCCUAUUGGCCACCUCCAGGAGUGAAAUGGUUUCUCCUUCACUAAAAUAAAUUAAUAACUGACAGUGACAAUUUGAAGGCUUUCCUAGUCAACAUUUUUCAAGUUGUUUUUCCAUAUUUGAAAUUACUUUCAUUGUUGAGUACAAAGUAAAAAAAGGAAAAAAAAUGGUUAGCCACAGUAGAGCUUCCAGUCCUGUUGGCUUAAGGUUGGUACACACUAGGCAACAAGUUGCAGCAACAUGUCGUGACGUCACGUCGCAGCAACAAAUCGCUUCGUGUGUACUGGAGUAUUUUUGUGAAAAUCUUUGCUCUGCAACAGAAUUUUGUCGCAGCAACAUGUUGCAAAAAAUCAAAUCAGACAGAAUUUGUGUGACUUGUCGCGGCAACAAAAUUCUGUUGCAGAGACAGAUUUUUUCACAAAAUUUCUCCAGUACACACAAAGUGAUUUGUCUCCAUGAUUUGUUGCCACAACAUGUUGCAGCAACUAGUCGCCAGACCUGUACUGAUGGAGUGAUCUGUCGCCAUGACUUGUUGCUGCAACUUGUCGCCUAGUGUGUACCGACCUUUAAGCGUGGGUACCUUAUUUUCUUUUACCAAAAUCUUAGAGUUGUAUUCAUUUUGGAAAGAGUGCUUGCAAUGAGUUACUUUGUCUGCAUUAGACUUGGGAUAAUUCAUGAAGCAAAUAUAAUGUAUUUGUCUUGUACAUAAUGAAACAAACUUAUGACAAAAGCUGUAUUGACUUAGCCCUGAAUACACUUUGACCAACUAACUCUAAGUUUGCAAUAAAUUGUUUUUAUAUAUGACUAAGGUAAUGUCCAGUACCAAGAAAAAAAAACCCAGUUUGCCUAAGUCUGAGUUAUCAUUUUUAUUUCUAGGGUUGGACAAAUCAAUUAAGUCAUAAUCAGUGCUUUUAUUAAACGUAUGUAAUUAGGUGAAAAAGUGUAGUUUCACUAGAAAGUAGUAUUUUUAGAAUUUAAUAAAGAAAAACGAACUACGGGC